AAAGGGACAUUACAGCAGAAUAGUGUCUCUUUAUAAGGUUGUUCUUUCUGCUCAAUCUUGCAUUGCAUUUUCAAGAAAGAGAGAGUAGCUAGCAAAGAAUAAGCUCUAGCACCAUUUCUUUGUUGAGUUGAGCUAUAAUACUAAAGGAUUGCUAUGGCGGCGGUGCGAUUUCGAAUUGUGCUAUUGAUGGCUGCAUGUUUGCUUCCAUUAUCUGUGGAUGCUAUUGUUCGCCACUACAAGUUCAAUGUUGUGGUGAAAAAUGCUACAAGAUUAUGUUCAACCAAGCCAAUUGUAACUGUAAAUGGAAAAUUCCCAGGUCCCACCAUCUAUGCUAGAGAAGAUGAUAAUGUCCUAAUUAAGGUUGUCAACCAUGUCAAAUAUAAUGUUAGCAUACACUGGCAUGGAGUUAAGCAACUUAGAACGGGUUGGGCCGAUGGGCCAGCAUAUAUAACCCAAUGCCCGAUUCAACCGGGCCAGACCUAUCUUUACAACUUCACUCUUACAGGCCAAAGAGGCACACUAUGGUGGCAUGCUCAUGUUCUUUGGCUUAGGUCCACUGUCCAUGGUGCCAUAGUCAUUUUGCCAAAGCUUGGAGUUCCUUACCCUUUUCCCAAACCCCAUAGUGAACAAGUUAUUGUAUUGGGUGAAUGGUGGAAAUCAGAUACUGAGGCUAUAAUAAAUGAAGCUUUGAAAUCUGGAUUGGCUCCAAAUACCUCUGAUGCUCACACAAUCAAUGGCCAUCCUGGUCCUGUCCAAGGAUGUGCUUCACAAGAAGGAUUCUCAUUGGAAGUACAACCUAAAAAAACCCACUUACUAAGAAUCAUCAAUGCUGCACUCAAUGAAGAACUCUUCUUCAAAAUCGCAAACCAUCAACUAACUGUUGUCGAGGUUGAUGCAACCUAUGUAAAACCUUUCAAAACCGACACAAUUGUUAUAGCACCAGGCCAAACCACAAACGUGCUUCUAACCGCCAAAAACAAACUCGGAAACUACUUAGUUGCAGCUUCUCCUUUCAUGGAUGCACCAAUUGCUGUUGACAACAAAACUGCCAUAGCCACUUUACAUUACUCAGGCACACUUGGUUCCACAACCACAACCUUAACUUCUCUCCCUCCGAAAAACGCGACUUCCAUCGCCAACACUUUCGCCGAUUCCUUAAGAAGCUUGAACUCCAAGAAAUAUCCUGCAAAAGUUCCUUUGAAGAUUGAUCAUAAUCUACUCUUCACUGUUUCUCUUGGUAUCAAUCCUUGCGCUACUUGUGUUAACAACAGCCGCGUUGUGGCUGAUAUCAACAAUGUUACAUUUGUGAUGCCGAAAAUCGCGCUUCUUCAAGCACAUUUCUUCAAGAUUAAAGGAGUUUUUAGUGAUGAUUUUCCGGGAAAUCCUCCUGUGGUUUAUAACUUCACAGGGAACCAACUGACGAACUUUGCGACGACAAAAGGGACUAGGCUUUAUAGACUUGCUUAUAACUCUACUGUUGAAUUGGUUUUGCAAGAUACUGGAAUGCUAACACCUGAGAAUCAUCCUAUUCAUCUUCAUGGAUUCAAUUUCUUUGUUGUUGGUAGGGGACAAGGGAACUUUGAUUCUAGAAAGGAUACAAAGAAGUUUAAUCUUGUUGAUCCUGUUGAGAGGAAUACUGUUGGUGUUCCUGCAGGUGGUUGGACUGCUAUCAGAUUCAGAGCUGAUAAUCCAGGGGUGUGGUUUAUGCAUUGCCAUUUGGAAAUUCAUACAACAUGGGGACUAAAGAUGGCAUUUGUUGUGGACAAUGGUAAAGGACCAAAUGAAUCUAUAUUACCACCUCCAAGUGACCUUCCCAAGUGUUAAGGAAAGUACCAAUUAGCCCUAAAUAUCAUAAGAGAACUACAUGGUUCAAAAGAAGGAACAAGGCUAAUGAUAAGAUUUUCUUGGAGUAUGAGGAAGAACAUGAUGUCCAAUUGACAUUUAUAUAUAUAUUAUAUUUUUUAUUUCUUUUUUAUUGUGCUUUUUCGUUGUUUGUAUUCAUGUUUCUUUUUUUUCAAUGAUAUUUUAGUGGUUACUUAUACAUAUUUGGCCCAAUAGUUUUAGUUUUUUUUUAAAGAAAAGUUAUAUUUGACCAUAAAAGUUAGGCCCAAUACUCCAUUAAAUGAGA